AGUCCAGUUGGUCCUCGGUCGGAGCUCAGCACAAUUCUCGGAUUUCGGCAGAGAACAUGAGUCUGGAAUUUGCUCUCUGGGACGAGGAAGUGCGCUGGAGGUUUUAGGUUGAGGAGCGAGGAGCGAGGAGCGAGGAGCGAAGAGCUGAAAGAUUUGUGGGCUUUGGAGAGAGGAGUGGGAAGAUGGGUGCCAAGGAGAGUGAGGGCGGUCCUCCGACUGGAACGAUGGCUGGAAUUUCAACUGGCUCGGGGCAGACGAUGGUGGUGAAGAGCUCGACCACCGGGCCGAAGCGAUUUGUACGCCAGCAGGUGCCGGAUUCUAUCUUGAAUGAUCCAGCUCUCAAGAAGGCGAUGGCUGUGCUUCCCUCGAAUUACAACUUGGAAAUCCCCAAGACGAUAUGGAGGCUGAAGCAGGCAGGAUCGAAGAAAGUCGCGCUGCAGUUUCCGGAGGGACUGCUCUUGUACUCGCUGACGAUCUGCGACAUUCUGGAAGCAUUUGCAGGGAUCGAAGAGUGCUUUGUUCUGGGCGAUGUGACUUACGGCGCCUGCUGCGUGGACGACUUCUCGGCCACUGCGUUGGGAGCGGACUUCCUCGUGCACUACGGGCACAGCUGCCUCGUGCCCAUCGACAUGUCUCUCAUUCCCUGUCUCUACGUCUUCGUCGACAUUCAAAUCGACGUCCAACACUUGUUGGACACGGUGAAGAAGAAUUUCGAUCCGAGCACCAAGAUUGCAGUCGCAGGCACAAUCCAAUUCUUCACGGCCAUUCAAGCGGUCUUAGGUCUUCUCAAGAAGGAGAACUACGUCGUCAAUACGCCUCAAUCCAAGCCCCUUUCGCCCGGAGAAGUGCUGGGAUGCACCUCGCCAGCCCUGCCCUCGGGGCUGGUGGAUUGUCUCGUCUUCGUGGCCGAUGGACGCUUCCAUCUCGAAGCAUUCAUGAUCGCCAAUCCGAAAGUGAAAGCCUAUCGCUACGACCCUUACUCCAAGGUGAUGACGCUCGAAGAGUACGACCACCAGGGCAUGCGAGAGGCUCGCAUGAAUGCCAUCAAGCGAGCGCAGCGAGCCAAGACUUGGGGAGUGGUGCUGGGCACUCUGGGGAGGCAGGGCAAUCCGAGAAUUCUGACCCACGUCGAACAGCGCCUCGCCGCCAGAGGAUUGAGCUACACAGUCUUUCUCAUCUCUGAGCUCUCCCCAACGAAGUUGGCCCUCUUCUCCGAUUCUGUGGAUGCAUGGAUUCAGAUUGCCUGUCCCCGACUGUCCAUCGACUGGGGCGAGGCUUUCAAGCAGCCCCUCCUCACACCCUACGAGGCGGAAGUUGCUCUGGGAUUUGUCCAGCCGUGGUGGAGGAUUAGCCAAGGUUUGCAAGGCAAUGGAGCCAGUGACGCCAUUCAGGACGAUGCUAUCAUCGGCCGGACGUGCAAAAUUGGCUCCGAAUGUUGUGGCCCUGUGGCUCGUAAUGCAUCAUCGGAGUGCUCCGCUGUGGAAACCAAUUCUUGUUGUCAAAAGCAGGCACCUGCUGCUGCUGCAGUGAUGGGAGGAGAGGAAAAUGGAGAUUGCAAGGCAGAGGAAAAAGAAGACCCCAUGCUGGGGUCCUAUCCGAUGGAUUAUUAUGCUCAAGACGGAGGUCCUUGGAAAUCAUGUUAUGUCAAACCUCCAGUUAGGCGGGCAACACCUCGAACUGUGGGUGUGGUUUCCACGUAAAUCCCCUCUCUCAAGCGAGCCUCGUGUGGAGGCUGUUCACAGACACGAGACCUUGCCAGUAAAAAGCUCGGGCUUUUUUCCGCCAAGGAAAUUUCAAUUUGCUGUGCCGAGGGCACACAUUCACAGAUUGUGGAGUCUGCAGAAGAUGAAGAACCGGAAGCAUCAUCAUGAACACUGCUAGAAAACGAGGGGCACAACGAUGCACAGGCCUAGAUUCGACUGUGUUCCUCGAGACAACGAAGCAAAGUCAAUAUUUCCCGAAUUUCAAAGGCCGGUUCAUUUUUUGGGGAAAUCUCUGGAGCAUGGGAGUACGUUGGAGUAGCUUUUGAGGGGAGCACUGACUGGAGCAUUCAGUUUAGCUACUGCUCCAGAAGCUGCCCUGCCUGAAACCAUUACUCCUGGACUUGGGUCGAUGCGGCGUUUUGGAAUUAUAUUCCUAGUAAAGAAGCGGUUGAUGGCAUCUGAUAUUUCGGGAUUCGGGGUCUCGGCCCCAUGACUUACUUCUUAUUGAUAUAAAGAGAUUCAUAUGACGUACAGAGCAUGUGCAGGCUGGUUGCAAUACUGAUUCAUCAGGGUUCUGGUCUUCGAAGUCUGAUACAUGUUCCAUCAGUGUUGUGGGAUGCGAGCUUGUUAAAGUCGCAUAGAGAUCAUUACUAUCCUUUGGAGUGGAAGAAGCAGAUGGUUGAAUCAGAUGGAGACAAAUAUGUUGGAAAUAAUGUCUGACCUCAAGAAGUACAGCAAAAUGCUGAACAUAGAUGCAGGGCAGCAAUUGCUCCAUCGUGGCUGUAUGUGCGCAGUUUAAUCGUGCCUCAUACCAUCUCGGCAUCAUUGCUUCUCCAUAAGGGCGAAAGGAACCCUGGCAGCGGCAUCUACCUACCCGUCCGUGGCAGCUCACUCGUGCUUGCAUCAGAACUAGAGAUAAGUUCACGAUGCAGAUUGUGCUUUGCAAUUUAGAGUACUGACGACCACAAUCUGACUACAUGCCACUUGAAAGGAGCAAGCUGCAGCGAGUGGGAAAAGGAUCGAUGAAAUAUCAACCUGAGUUGUUAGAUCUGGAUCUGCGCUUUGAGAAUCAGCUCCUGCACGUGUACGUAGGAAACUGAUUCUCAACAAACGGAAAGAGGUGCUGUAGACUGCGGUUUAGUGUGCAGUAGGCGGAACAGCUGGCCAUCAGUUGUUAUGUCAGUGAAGCAUUGAGGGCUGACAUUCUGCUGGGUGUCGAGCGGUGAUUGAAGAGAACCAUGUGAGGGCAUGGAUCAAUUUCACACUGUACAUGUUUGUACAAGUUCGAUUUUUAUGAAUGCCUGGGCUAUCAAAUGGUUGUAAGCCUUUUAUUCACUGUUCGAAAUUUGCUCCGGCAGCUCGA